GCCAUGUGGUCGAUCAGCUACUUCAACAAGGGAACAAUGUCCGGGGCACUGUCAGAAACGCCACGAAAAACUCGAGGUUGAAUAACUACUUCGGUGCUAAGUAUGGCCCUGGACGAUUCUCUCUCGCCGAUAUGUCCCAUGACGGUGCGUUCGACGUCGUCAAGGGUGCAGCCAGUAUCGCCCAUAUGGCAACACCGGUGAUGCAGUUUUACGACCCCAAUAUCGCCGCCCCUAUGGUUGUCAACGGAACCGUCAAUGUACUGGCUUCUGCCGCCGCUGAGCCCUCGGUGCGACGGGCUGUCAAUACAUCAUCCUCAGCCGCGGCCGCCAGUCCACAGCCGAACAAAGUGUUCACUAUGGAUGAGGAAACGUGGAAUGAAGCAGCUGUCAAAGCUGCUUGGGCACCUCCUCCUUACGAAGGAUCGCAGCGAUGCCUGGAUAUUUACUCUGCCAGUAAAACACAAGCUGAACAAGCCGCGUGGAAAUUCAUGGAGGAGAAGAAGCCACACUUUGUCCUGAACACAGUCCUCCCGAAUGCCAACAUGGGCACCAUCCUUUCCCCAUAAAUUCAGGGCUAUCCCAGCGCUGAUGGCUGGAUUAAGGCUGUAUUGGAUGGAUUCCCUGGCGAAGAAGGGAAGGAGCUCAAGUAUAAC